AAAAGAUACUUUUAGAUACAUUUUAUUGAUAAAAUAUUGUGAUUAUCUUUAGAAGCGUAGUUAUAUAUUGAGAAUAAUUUGAAUUAUAUACAUAUGUACUAACAUUUUUUUAUAUCUAAUCAAUUACAUGUAAUAAUUUAAUUUACCAACCUAUCUGCCUUGAUUACUUACUCGUCAACUUUUGUUGUAUGUAUCAUGGGUAUAAGCUAACAAACUUAACACAAAUACAAUUGCUUAUUUUAAAUGAUAAAAGUGUAGACGAUUACAUAUCGACGAAAUUCUUAUCUAAUCAGAUAUUGUAUGUGUAAAUUAAUUAAUUUACACUUAGAUAUAUAUAAAUAUAUGCAUAUAAAUGAUUCGAUUAAUUUAACUAGUCGAUUUAAGAAUUGUUUUCAUUUUAGUAAAUUAUAUUAACUCGCUUUCGUUGUCGAGGUCGUUCAAGAAAAGUAAGCCAAUUUAAAUUACAAAGAAGAAUAAACAAAGAGAAUAGUUGUCAUUUAUUUUUCUCAUCAUAAAAAUUAAUUAUGUCAACCGAGACGAGAUUGAGUUCAAUGGAAGAGUUUAUUAGAGCAUUUUUAGAAAUGGAUGCAGAUAACAAUGAAAUGAUUGAUAAACAAGAAUUAAUUAAAUAUUGUCAAAAAAAUCGUUUGGAUAUGAAAUUGAUCGAUCCAUGGAUAGCAAGAUUUGAUACUGAUAAAGAUAAUAAAAUCAGUAUAGAAGAGUUCUGCCGUGGAUUCGGUUUAAAAGUAUCAGAAAUUCGACGUGAAAAAGAAGAAUUAAAAAAAGAAAAAGAUGGCAAGGUUUCUAAACUUCCACCAAAUGUUGAAAUUAUUGCAGCAACUAUGUCAAAAACAAAACAAUAUGAUAUAUGUUAUCAAUUUAAAGAAUAUAUUGAUAAUAGUAGUCGAACAAAUAAUGAUAUAAAAGAGGUGGCAAAUAAAAUGAAAACAUUAUUAGAUAAUACUUAUGGUCGUGUAUGGCAAGUGGUUAUAUUAACUGGUUCAUAUUGGAUGAAUUUUUCCCAUGAACCAUUUUUAUCAAUACAAUUCAAGUAUAAUAAUUAUGUCUGUUUAGCAUGGAGAACACCAUCUCAAUAAUAACUAUAUUGAUAAAAAUACAACUGGCUAUGGAUUCAUAAAACAAUAUUAUAACAGUAUGUAGAUGAACAUUUUAAAACUUUAAGAGAAAUGAGGGAUUUUUAAAUAAUUUUGAAUUUGUUAAACAUUUCAUAGCCAUUAAUUUGUUUUCGUUAAUUUAAACAUACCCUUCUCUGUAAUAACAAAAAAAACAUUCAUCAGUAAAUGGGUUCAAUUAUUAUUAUUUUUCAGUUUUGCAAUAAAUAAAAUUUAAGAUUUUUUGAAAGAAAAAUGAAGCAUCAUUGCAAA